GUCAUGGCGGCCCCCUGAGUCCCGCUGAGGAAGCGGUCGCAGGCCGGGUGCCGCGUUUUUCAGAUCCACGGCCUCGCUUCACAACCCGCUUGCUGUUUGCUGGCUUGUAGUAGGAAAUCCACCGUGGAGACUGAUCAGGAAUCGUCUUGUUUUUGACCCGCAAGGUGAGAGAGCGCUGAAGAAACAGGUGCAGAGUGGUGAAGUGACUUUCCCCUGGUCGCAUCCCUAGGAGAUGGUUUGACACCUGUUCUGCCCGGCGCCCAGCCACUCAAGCUGCUUAUCUGUGAGGUGCUCCUGUCCUAGGGUUCAUGUGGGACUCGGGCCAUGGUCCAGCUGGCUCCCGCCCCCGCCAUGGAUGAGAUCACCUUCAGGAGUAACACCGUGCUGUCAGACGUCCACCUGUACACCCCCAACCACAGACAUCUCAUGGUGCGGCUCAACGGUGUGGGCCAGCCAGUGUUCCUGUCCCAGUUCAAGCUUCUGUGGAGCCGAGACUCUCAGACAGAGCUGGGGGCUGAGAGUGGUGACCACAGCGAUGUCCACGCACAGGGGACCCCUCCCGGAAGUGGCUGCACUGAUGAGGGGUCCUCCCUCUCGCCUGGGGCUGGCACCACCAGCCGGGAAGGGGCAGGAGCUCAGCUGGACGAGGACGGGGAUUUGGACGUGGAGAGGAGACCACGCGCCACCUCUGAUCCCGACCCGGCAGAGCCUCCGAGAGACAAGGUACAUCCGGUGGUUCUAGCACAGGAAGAAGACGAUGGCCCUGGAGAUGAAGCUCGGGACGGCAGUGCCCUUGGUGUCAUCAGAAUAGGACCCGCACACUCUGCACGCACUCUCUUCUGGGCCUGUGUUGUGCCGUGCCUCCUUCCAGGAGUGCCUGCCCCCAGCCCCUGCCUGAACACAUUCCUGAUGGUCGUUCAGGGCCCAGCUAAGCCAUCGCCUCCUCCAGGAAGCCUUGCUGCUCUGACCAGGAGCCCAGCGGUGUUCGUGCUUCUGUCUGGCACACGUCCACACAUGGCCGUGUGCCCUCGUCUUGUGGCUGGCUGCCCAUCCCCCUUUUCACGGUGGGCCUCUCUCUCUCCGUUUCCAUCCUGUCCAGAGCACACCAUGGCCACCCCCCUGGAGGAUGUUGGCAAGCAGGUGUGGCGGGGUGCCCUGCUCCUAGCCGACUACAUCUUAUUCCGGCGUGACCUCUUCCAGGGCCGCACUGUGCUGGAGCUGGGCGCGGGCACAGGGCUCGCCAGCGUCGUGGCAGCCACCGUGGCGCGGACCGUGUAUUGCACAGAUGUCGGUGUGGACCUCUUGUCCAUGUGCCAGCGGAACAUCACCCUCAAUAGCCACCUGGCAGCCCCUGGAGGUGGUACGGUGAAGGUCAAGGAGCUGGACUGGCUGAAGGAUGACCUCUGCACAGAUCCCGAGGUCCCGUUCAGCUGGUCAGAAGAGGACGUCUCUGACCUGUACGCUCACACCACUGUGCUGUUCGCGGCCGAAGUGUUCUAUGACGAUGACUUGACUGAUGCCCUGUUUAAGACGCUGUCCCGACUCGCUCACAGAUUCCAAAACGCCUGCACGGCCAUCCUGGCGGUGGAGAAGAGGCUCAACUUCACGCUGAGACACCUGGACGUGACGUGCGAGGCCUACGACCACUUCCGCGCCUCCCUGCAGGCGCUGCAGAGGCUCCCGGACAGCAGGCUGCGCUUUGUGGUGGAGCCCGUGGAGGCCUCCUUCCCACAGCUGCUGCUCUACGAGCGCAUCCGACAGCUGGAGCUCUGGAAGAUCGUCGCAGAGCCUGUAACGUGACGCGGCCUCCACCAGGCUCGGCUUCUCCACGGUUCUAGUCAUGUAUUUCUAGUAAAAUCAACGCUCACCACAGUCACGUGCGAGAUGCCAUCAUUUAGAAAUCACGUUCAGCGUACCUCAUGGGGCCCGAGCUGGUUCCCUGGGCCUGCCGCCCCCUCCCAGCUGCAGCCAGAGAACGUCACUGCCCUGCGCGGGGCCGAGGCAGCCGCCCGGGUCUCUUGCUCGUCACGUGGUCCCAUUGAGCAGAUGUCCUGGUUCCUCUCACAUCAGCUGCCUAAGCUGCGCACCUCACUGGGACAGGGGCCGUGACCGUACAGGUGGCUGCCACCUGCCCUCGGCCGGCAUCCACAACCAGCGUAACUGCGCCGCUGGGCACCAGAGCCUCGUGUUCCUCCAGGCUUGCCGUGCUCCCGGCCGCCGGUGAGGAGUAGCGCCAACCAGCCCUUGGCCUGGGUUUUGAUUUUAACCCUUUCUAACCAAACCAAGUGUGCUCAGACUCAGCGUGAGGCUGCCCCGGGUCUCCCUUUCGCCCUGGCUCACCCCCCACCCGUACCCCCUCUGUGAACCGCUCUGCCUCUGCCCCAGCCCUCCCUGACCUCACUCCAUGUCCUCUCCUGUUCUCCCCUUUUCCCGCUUGGCCCUCCCUGCAGCCCCUUACCCCCCGCCCCGCCCUCACCCCUGCAGCACACUGCAUCAUGGCGUGGCACGGCCCCCUCCUUGCCUGCCCCUCACCACCCAGGUUUCCCGCUGGCUCCUGCAGUCCCUGCUCAUGCCGGCUCCUCCUCAGGGACCAAGAAUUUGCAAGGCUAAAUUCAUUUCACCCUCCCAACAAGUUGAGGAGGUCACUUGCCUGCCUGUGCCCAUUUCACAGUUGAGAAGACUGAGGCUCUGAAAGGAAUAAAAUCUUUGAGGUCAGGGACCUUGUUUGUCUUU